CAAAAGUACGUGGGUCGUUCAAUAAGUCCUUAGAAAAUCCAAUAGAUGGCGCUCGUAGCCUCAAAAAUGGCGCGUUUUUUGUAAGCAUGAUGUCUCACUAGAUAGUUGUGAAAAUCUCAGUCAUAUCCAUCAUAUGGUUUAAUUUUUAUUGUCAAUUGAAGCAAGAAACUUUUGUUUAUUUAGAAAAAUGGAAAAAAGUGAGUUUCGAGCGGUGAUUAAACACUUAUAUUUAAAAGGCUUAACACCAAAAGAGAUCAAAGCUGAGUUGGAUGAAGUUCAUGGCACAUCUGCUCCUGUGUUUGCAACUGUUUACAAUUGGGUAAAUGAGUUCAAACGUGGUCGUACAUCCACAAAAGAUGAACAUCGUUCGGGACGUCCAGUGGAAGUGACUACUCCCGAAAUGAUUGACAAAAUCCACGAUAUGGUUUUGAGUGAUCGACGAAUCAAAGUGCGUGAAAUAGUUGAGGCCACAGGCAUAUCACAAGGUACAGUGUUUUCAAUUUUGCACGAAAAAUUGGGUGUGAAAAAAAUCUCGGCAAGAUGGGUGCCGCGUUUGCUCUCAGUGGAGAAUAAACGUAAUCGUGUGGUCGACUCUGAGGCAAUUUUGGCACUUUUUCGUCGCAAUCCUGACGAGUUUCUGCGUCGAUACAUAACUGUGGACGAAACAUGGAUACACUAUUAUACUCCAGAGACCAAAGAACAGUCAAAACAGUGGGUUUUUGAAGGCGAAAGGGCUCCAAAGAAGGCGAAGACAGUGAAAUCGGCCGGGAAGGUGAUGGCCACGGUUUUUUGGGAUACACGCGGAAUCAUCUACACCGAUUACUUGGAAAAAGGAAAAACAAUAACUGGAGAGUAUUAUGCAUCAUUAUUGCACCGGUUGAGCGAAGAAAUCAAGGAAAAACGUCCUCAUUUGAAAAAGAAAAAGAUCCUCUUCCAUCAAGACAAUGCACGGGUGCACACCUGUGCAGUUUCAAUGGCCAAAAUCACGGAAUUAAAGUUUGAAUUAUUACCACAUCCACCGUAUUCACCGGAUUUGGCCCCCAGUGACUUUUUUUUAUUUCCAAAUUUAAAAAAAUGGCUUGGUGGACAACGAUUCACGUCAAACGAGAUGGUCAUUGCCCAAACAAAUGCCUAUUUUGAGGACCUUCCGAAAUCUUACUUUUUAGAUGGCUUAAAAAAGUUGGAGAAACGCUUGGAAAAGUGUAUAGAGCUUAAAGGAGAUUAUGUUGAAAAAUAAAAAAAAAAUCUACCUAAAAUAAUUUGUUUUUCUAUCUUUUUCUAAGGACUUAUUGAACGACCCUCGUAUAAACACAUGUGCACAAAAAAACGAUUUGUAAUGUUUCAAUAUUUUGUAGGUCCACCAUUUGAUUUAAUUAGUUCAAAUACUCUAUCAGGCAUACAUUUUACUAGUUUUUGAAGUUGUUCUUGUUUAAUAUUUUCCCAACAAUCCAUGAUAGCUAAUUUCAGUUCAUUUACAGUAUUGUAUUGACUGUUUUGGCCAUAAACAAGAUGACUCAUAAUGCCCCAAACAUUCUCUGUCAGGUUCAUAUCUGGGCUCCGUGAUAGCCAAUCAAUUACAUUAAUUUUUUUCUCAGCAAACCAAUUUAUAGUUGACUUUGAUGCAUGAAUGGCAGCGUUAUCCUGUUGGAAUUACCAGUUUUCUCACCCAGUAAGUGAUUCAAAAGUUAUUAAAUUUGAUAUGAUAGUUCUUGAUUCUUUUCUGAAUUCAUUCUACCUUCUAUAAAUACAUCCAAAUCCUGUCUACACCAUCACAGAUCCUCCACCUUGCUGUCUGCUCAUUCUGACUUCUUCGUUCUUCCUCAAAUCAUGCCAAUAGUGACUGUAAUCGUUAGGUACAUCCAAAUUCCACUUUUUUUCAUCUGAAAAGACCAUUUGUUUCCACUCCUCUUUCCAUGUCUUUGGCCCACUUUAAUCUAGCUGUUUUGUGCAAUUAUGUUAAUAUUGGUUUGGCAGCCAUUUUUGUAAAUUUGGCAUUUUUAUGAUUAUGUAUACAUUCCCAUACAGUUGCUGGUGAAACUGCAAUUGGCAAUGUUAAUGCUGCUUCUCUGACAGACAACUUGUUGAUUGCCAAUAGCCGAAAAACCUUUCUUUUGUUUCUAGGUGUGAGGAGUUUAGGCCUUCCACAUCACUUAUUUCUGCCAUAAUUUUCACUCUGAUUUAACACAUUUCUCACAGCACAUGUAGAUCAAUUUAUAGCUGCUGAAAUUUAUCUUAGGGAUUGUCCUGAUACUUUUAGUUGGUAAAUUUCAUGUAUUUCCAAUUAUGUUAGUGUUUUUCCAUGAGGCAUUGUUUAAAAUUACAAAAAACCUCUUAAAAUUGACACCAUUUUUUUAAU